GUUGCAAAAAGACGUUAGUAUGAGAGGCGUGAGAGGUGUCUUUUAUAGCCGAGCUCUAGCUGACCUUGCAUUUCCUUUGUACAGUAUCAAAUAUUUAAUCAAGGUGUUGAUUAUACAAUGUAAAGGUUAUAUUUCACAAUACAGCUUUUCAGCUGUGUCUGAACUGAAGAAACUUCUCCUGGACAACAACCCUUGGUAAAGGUGUAAUAGACCUUGUCUUUCUUGCCUGUGCAAUAGGUUUUAGUCUCACUAACAGCAGGUUCUUUGUCCUCAAGAACCCAAAAGAUCAUACCUCCGCCAGGGGAGGUUCAGGCUGGAUAUCAGAAAAAAAUUCGUCACGGAAAGAGUCAUCGGGCACUGGCAGAGGCUGCCCAGGGAGGUGGUCGAGUGGCCUUCCCUGGAGGUGUUUAAGGAACGGGUGGAUGAAGUGCUUAGGGACAUGGUUUAAGGGAGUGUUAGGAAUGGUUGGACUCGAUGAUCCAGUGGGUCCUUUCCAACCUGGUGAUUCUGUGAUUCUAGUUACAAACGGUUCUCACACUGUUUAACUCUGCUGCUGAUUUUCAGCAAAUUUAGUGUGUUAUGUGAUUGAUUAUCCACAGUGCUUAGUACAUCACUGUCGGUAAGUCUGUACUGCAGUACAUGGUUUGGACGGUACGCAAUUGUCCCACAGCCACUCUAGAGGAAUGGCAAAGCCAGGAAAAGAUCAGAUGCUGUAGAAGUUGCCCAAAUUCUAGUGACAGUCUAAUCUAAAAAAUACAAUAAUGAACUUCUGCCACUACAUUCAGACUAUAAAUGGGUGUUGAUUUGGAUACGUCGAGAAAAUAUAAAGGAAGAACACCUAAUUUAAAAGUUUUAGCAUGUAGGCAUCAGCCUUUCCCUUAGCCUUCUUCCAGACUUCUGUUGAUUUAUUAUACGAAAUAAUCAGUGCUAGCUAAUGUACAACAUAUUUUUUUGCUCUUAAAAAUGAAUGAGAAAUAAUAGAUGGCAUUCUGUAACAAUCAGCUUAACAACAAAUUUGGGGACAACAAAAGGUCAAGGAGGUCUUCAGAACCUUGUAGCUUUUAAGAAAUACUAUAAAAAUCUGUUUCAUAUCAUCUUUUCGCUUAUCCUUGAACUUUAACAUUUCUGGUGUUUCCUAUAUAAAUGUAUCUCCUAGUUCUGUGAGAACUGUAGGACAUGAGUUUCAAUAAACAUGUAAGGAUGGAUUAAAGAGGUCUAGCAGUCUCUACUAGGCCUACGAUUCUGUGGGUAAUGCCUUCCGAAACUGUUAAUCAUCUCUGUAAAGUAUGCUUUAUGAAGCUUUUUGGCUAGGGAGAUAUUUCUUCUUACAGAUUUAGAGAAUAUUUUUCAAUUACAGUACUGCAGAAAGAGGAGGAUUUCAGUUUCUAUAAUAACUGUUCUCUACUGACAGCUAAACAAUGAAAGGCCUCAAAAGGUUUGACACUUGAUUAGAUCUACACUGUAAAGUGCAGCAGGAAAAAAAUAUGGUAAUUAAGGGCCUGAUCAAGUAAAUCACUCAAGUAUGUCUUUAACCUUAAGCAUAUGAGCAAUCUAAUUAAUUAAAAAAGAACAUAGAUAUUCAUGUUGCUAACAUAAUCGAUAGCCCUGUCAGUUGCAAACAUGAGCCUUUCUGUCAAAUAAAAAUGGGCUAUGCUGCAACAAACUGACCCACACAAAUUAACUUCAUUGUCUUAAAUAAUGUACAUCGUAACUGUAAUUGCAUCUUAAUAUAUUAUUUUGGUAUUUUCAUUGUUAGCAUUGUGAGUUUAACAGUAUCUAAAAACAGUACAUGAAGAUAACAUCAGUCAAUAUGACCACAGAUUGCUUACUUCUGUAGCCCGUGUAUAACCCACCUGUAAAAGCAGCUUUUUUUCUAAACUGACCAUGAAAUUAAUAAGGAUUCCUCUUCUGGGAAGUUUUUGAGAAGAAAUUUAUUUAAGUUGUUUUACUCAGUUUCCUACUGUUAUAAAUCUUGUUCAGGAUAAGGGCAGUUAACGUUUUGCCUCUGCUUGAGUAAAGCGCUGUAGAGUUCCUGGGAGAACUACACUAUAACACUUCUCCAUUUGGGAAGGGAAUGUUAAGCCCUGCUUGUCAACCAGCUCCUGGUCUGCCUAAGAACCUGUCAUUUACCUCUGCGGGAACUUGUGCUCUGAAUUAAUUUUGGUGCAAGAGCAUUUCAAAACGAUUCUGUUUUACCUUUGUAGUUAGUGACACCAGCAUUCCCCUCCGGCAGCCUGGGGAUGCAGGACUUCCUGCGGGCUGAGACAAGCUGAAUUUCAUGAAGAAAUGUAGAUUGAGGACCAGCUUCCUCAAAUAACAGUUCUGUCUUACCAAGGAUCUGUGUAUCUCUUGUUUGAAAGAUUGAAUUUGGAAAGUAUAUUGCUAUUAUAGACCAGUUCUAAAAUUUAACUUUAAGCUUGCAGAAGCAUAGUGUGCUUUCUCUUAACUGUUUUUUUUUUUUCCAAGUUAUUUUUGCUAAAGUAAGCAUCUAGCAGAGUUGUUUCUAUAGUGCAUGCAUUGUAUUUCAGACAAGUGACUGAUACUGGUUUGAAAGCUUGCUGCAAAUGAAAGUUGUCUAAACGGUUUAGAACCAGGAGACUGGUAAGGCAAAGAGUCAGGCUGUGCCGUUGCAGCAUUUCUGGAGCGUGAUAGGGUUUGGGGUUUUUUUAUUUUUUUCUUCUUCUUCUUGAUUUAACAAGUUGAAAAUCUGCUGAAUAAUUCAUGAAGAGUGGAAGGGCUGAAUCUUCCUGGAAUGAUAUACAGUGUACGUACUGUGGCACAGGAGAAACUGCAAAGCUUUGUAUCAGUUGCUGCCUUUCCUGCUGCUGAUUGCAAGGUGCUGCUGCUUCCUGUGUUCUCGCAGCUCUACAGAACCCUCAGUCGCGCUCUGGUCUGCCAAGAGCCACCUGCUCCCUAUGGACCCACCUUUGCUAGCUACCAUCUAUGGGAUCUCCUGCUGCCCACCUGCCUGGGACACUGGAUCAUCACUGCCAAUUGCAUUUUCAGGACCCUGCGGCUCAUCUGACUGAAAUCUGCCUUUGAGUCCCUGGGCAGCCCGUCCUCCUGGGUGCCUGGGGGCAGCGGGAUCUUCUGACCCAGAUGAGGAUGGGCUUUCCAGGGCGAAGUCAAGCCUGAGGCGCACUCGGCGAGAUGCCCAACGCCUCAGCCUGGAGCACCAACUCGCCUCUGCUGCUGCUCUGGGACGACUCCUCCGGCACCCGCAUCCUCCUCUCGCUGCUCUACGCUGCCCUAGCCAUCUCGGGAACUUUAUCCAACGUGAUGGUCAUCUACUUGGUCUUCUCCUUCAAGAAGCUGCAGACCACCAGCAACGCCUUCAUCGUCAACGGCUGCGUGGCCGACCUCGGCGUGUGCGCGCUGUGGAUGCCACAGGAGGCCGUGCUGGGGCUGCUGCCCCCCAACUCGUCCUCCUUGCGCUCCCCCGAGUACCGCCUGCUGCGGGGCGGCCUGCUGGGCCUGGGCCUCACCGCCUCGCUGGCCUCGCACCUGCUCGUGGCCUUCAACAGGUACGUGCUCAUCACCAAGCUGCCCAGCGUCUACCGCGCGCUGUACCGCCGCCGCCGGGCGGGCUGCAUGAUCGCGGGCUGCUGGGCGCUGGCGCUGCUGCUGGCGCCGCUGCUGCCGGGGCUGCAGCCGCCGCGGCGCCGCGGAGAGGGCGGCCCGGGCUACCCCGCGCUGCUGCUGGCGCUGGCGGUGCUGGGCCAGACGGCGCUGCUGCUGCACUGCUACCUGGGCAUCGCGCGGCGGGUGCGGGGCAGCGCAAAGCGCGUCAGCGUGCUCAACUUCCACCUGCUGCACCAGCUGCCCUUCCCCGCCGCGCCGCCGCGCCGCGCCCAGCGCCGCCUCAGCAGCGUGUCGGCGCUGCUGCUCUGCGCCGCCUUCCUGCUGGGCACGCAGCCCCUCGUCUGGGUCAGCCUGCUCGGCUUCUUCGCGCGGCCCGCGCCCCCCGCGCUGCAGGCGGCCAGCUGGCUGCUGCUCUGCGCGCUCUCCGCCCUCAACCCGCUGCUCUACACCUGGCGCAGCGAGGAGUUCCGCCGCGCCGCCCGCUCCGUCCUGCCCCGGCCCGCGCCCCCCGCCGCCCCCGGCCCGCCCCGCGCCGCGCCCGCCGCGCAGUGA